AUGACGUCCCUUGCUCUGCCUCCUUCCAACCACGGCUACGGCCGCACCGAGCACCCCGUUAGUGGUAUCUUGCUGAACCGCUCCGACGACGGGCGACCAGUCUCUCCGUUCCGCCCCCGCGGUGGUUCAGACGAUCGCGGGCUCCCCGCCCAGGACCUGAAAGUCAACCUGGUGACUCCCGACGGCGAGGAACAGCCCGCCGUUGCUCCUCCGGCUCACCCAACAAUCGUCCUGCCGCAAGCCGUUCCCCACCGUUCCCACUCUCCCCAACCGACCUCCUCAACAUCUGCCGGUGUGACUGCGCCCGGUGUUCACUCGCCUCGCAUCCGCUUUGCGCCACUGCCCGAACCCAGGCCCCGAUCGCUCUCCACCGGCCGCAAUGUCGAUUUCACACCGGGAGAGGGGCCCGAGGGCGAGCGAAUCUACUCUGUCGGCCUCCAGAACAUGGAUUACGAUGACACGUUCUACACGACGGACGAGAACGAGUCUGAUGACGAAUCGGAUGCUUCCAUCGACUGGGGCAAGUGGAUGACGCUCGGCAUGUAUCGCGACAAGAAGAAGUCGCGAAAGGGCCGGCCAUCGUCGUUUACCAGCAACCACUCUGACCGCGAUGACACCGAGUCCCACGACGGAUACUCGGGUCAACCUUUGAAGAAAUCGGUCUCAACUGGCGGAUUCAUUGGCUCGUCACCCUUCCGCUUCACUCCCGAGAUUGAGCGCAAGAAGCAGAUGACCGGCUCCACCGCCGGUGCCAUGUUCAUGGGUCGUCGUGGAAGCUCAGACAGGGGUGACAACCAGCACCGCCGCGGAUCGGCGAGCGUCGACAUGAAACCCGUUCGCAUGAUUAACGGUAGGGUGUAUGGCGCGAGGCGCGCCUCUGAAGCUGCGGCUGACGAGGCGGCUCGCCGACGUCGCAUGGAGCCUACCUUUGUCGAGUGGGGCAGCAGCCAGAAGGGCUAUGGCUCGUCUUCGAAGGGCGGCGACGACGAUGAUGGAGGUGGCAUGGCCUGGGUCAAGCGCAGGCGCGAGGAGCGUGAGCGCAAGGCCCGUGAGGCGAAGGAGGCCGAGGAGCGCGCAGCCGCUUCCGCCGCCAACGGCGGUGCGCCCGCCGCUGCGGGUGAGGUAGGACCAAUGGGCGAGCGACUCACCUCCGAGUCGCUCCCGCCAAGCCUCGUGCAGGGUGGUCACGGUAGCAUGAGCAGUGCAUCGUCGAACGCUUCGGACGGCCAGCCGGCUCUCAGCCCGACAACACCGAUGGAGCGUCCGAAUGAGCUCCCGCGCAUCGUCUCUGGUGGAUCUGCGCCGCAGCCUGGCCACGUCGAGAUGCUGAACAAACCGGACGCCCACAACCACUCUGCUCCUCACGACGGCGACCACCACGUCAUGUACGCCGUCAACGUGCCGAACCGCAAGGGAUCCGAGGCGAGCUACCAGAGCAACAUGAGCAACGCUACCGGCUACUCCCGUGAUGACGAGGACGACGAGGAGGAUGAGUACGCCGACGACGAUGAUGAGGAGGACGUGCCCAUCGACGACCGCUGCACGCGUGCUGCCGGCGUCGAGGUCAUGGCGAAGCACCACAAGACGCAGGGGUAG